UAUCGAGACCCGGAGACCUCUCCGUUCUUUUGAAAAUACAAAAUAGCCACAUUGCUUGUACCGUUGGCGCUUGGAAGAGUGUGAGAGAGUGGCUUUCUUUUGCUCGUUUUGUUCACGUCAAGGGGACUGAAGUUUACGGAGGCAGUGGUUCUCUCGGUGCAAAUAGGCUACAACAAUCGUAACUCGAUCUCCCCCCGUUUUGUGUCGUCUGUGGUUGGUAGGGUCCUCAGUAGUUACACAUGUGUGGUUGUCACUGCUGGACGGUGUCAUGCUCGAAUCCUCUGCUUCUUGCACUGCGCUGUCCUCUUCUGUUGAGUGAUCAGACAGUCUUCACUGUUGUUCCCGGGCAGUGAAUACCUGUCAACACCCCGUCGGCGACAUUGAAAACAGCGACGAAUUGCCUAGAAGUUGGAGCAUCGUUUGGUGAAGUUUUGAUCCACCGGUACUGAACAACAAUGGGAUUCUAAUCGGACAAAUCCACGCCAGGUAGCCGAGCCUAAGCGGAGCGGGUUGGGCGGACCCUUCCUCCUCCACCCCCCCCCCCCCCACCCUCCUACUCCUCCAGCGUCCCGGUCCGUGCCGUGUUUGUGUCUAUCCGCCGGGGUCGGUGAAGCAUGCUGGCAGUAUGGACGUGAAGGAACGCAGGCCCUACUGCUCGCUGACCAAGAGCAGGCGCGACAAGGAGCGGCGCUACACGGGCUCGUCCGGCGACAGCGAGGAGUGCGGCGGCGGCGGUCCGGGACCGAGGGUACCCACCCAGAAGUCGUACAGCUCCAGCGAGACGCUCAAGGCCUUCGACCACCAGGACUCUUCCAGACUAUUGUACAGCAGCAGAGUGAAGGAGAUGGUGCACCGUGAACAGGACGAGUACACCCGACAAGGGCAGAACUUCAACCUGAGACAACUGGGGAUCUGCGAGCCGUCCACGCGCCGCGGCCUGGCCUUCUGCUCCGAGAUGGGCCUCCCCCACCGCGGCUACUCGGUUGGCGCCGGCUCCGACGUGGACACCGAGAACGAGGGCGUGAUGUCACCGGAGCGCGCCAUGCGGCUGUGGGGCCGUGGGGUGAAGUCUGGCGGCCGGAACUCGUGCCUGUCCAGCCGGUCCAACUCGGCUCUGACCCUCACCGACACAGAGCACGAAAACAAGUCGGACAGCGAUAAUGGUUCUCCCAUGCCAUCCUCUCUACCCAGCCCAUCAGUUUCUGACCAUUCACACUCGCAACCACCAUCACCCAAUCUCCAUGACAACCAGAGCUCGUUGCUAAGUAGCGCCAGCGCCCAUCCAGCGGUCCAUGAGUCGGACGAGGACGAGGAAGAGUACACAGCCACGCUGUACUUACCUGUAACGCAGGUCACAGCUCACAGCCACCACGGCCUCGCCUGUAAUGAGCAACCGCCCAAUCACCAUCAGCAGGGCCAGUCCACGCUGCCGCCAGCCCCGCCUCCCCACAAGCAGCAGCCGUCGGUCACCGCGCUCAACCACAACUCCCUGAGCAGCCGCAACCGUAACCCCAGCCCGGCCCCACCGGCCGCCCUCCCCGCCGAGCUGCAAACCACACCCGAGUCCGUGCCGCUGCAGGACAGCUGGGUCCUGGGCAGCAAUGUGCCACUGGAGAGCAGAAAAUUAGCAAAGCAAGCCGUUCUGGAAAACGGGCAUGACAACCUGAUAGAGAUGGAUGUGUUCCCUCCCGCGUGCCACGAAGGUGCCUAUGGGGAUGGGCACUUCCUCUUCAAGACAGGCACCGGCACGACCCCUCUGUUCAGCACGGCUACUCCAGGCUACACCAUGGCAACGGGCUCUGUCUACUCGCCGCCCACGCGGCCCCUACCCAGAAACACCCUCUCCCGCUCCGCCUUCAAGUUCAAGAAGUCCUCCAAGUACUGCUCGUGGAGAUGCACUGCUCUCAGCGCCGUGGGACUGUCCGUCCUGCUGUCUGUCCUGCUCUGCUAUUGCAUAGCCAUGCAUCUGUUUGGUCUGAACUGGCAGAUGCAGGAGACAGAGGGCUACGGCUUUGAGAACGGUCAGGGGAGGUCAGACACCACACCCAACACCAUCACCGCACUGUCUGCUGAUAACGGUAAACUAGGGGUGUUCCUCCAGGAGAACAACACCAUAGACACGGGGGAGGUGGACGUGGGGCGCAGGGCCCUUCAGGAAGUCCCACCAGGGAUCUUCUGGCGUUCCCAGCUCUACAUUGACCAGCCCCAGUUCCUCAAGUUCAACAUCUCAGUGCAGAGGGAUGCGUUGGUGGGGGUCUACGGCAGGAAGGGCCUGCCCCCCUCACAUACACAAUAUGACUUUGUGGAGCUGCUGGAUGGCAGUCGCCUGAUCACCAAGGAGAAGCGCGGGCUGGUGGAGGUGGAGGGCGUGUCAAGGCGGGCGCGCUCGGUGAGCGUGCACGAAGCGGGCUUCAUCCAGUACCUGGACUCUGGCAUCUGGCACCUGGCCUUCUACAACGACGGGAAGAACUCAGAACUGGUCUCCUACAACACCAUUGUCAUAGAGUCCGUUAUGGAGUGUCCCCACAAUUGCCAUGGCAACGGCGACUGUCUGUCUGGAACGUGUCAUUGCUUCCCAGGGUUCCUUGGGCCUGAUUGCUCAAGAGCUUCGUGCCCCGUGCUGUGCAGUGGUAACGGCCAGUACUCCAGAGGUCGCUGCCUGUGCUUCAGUGGCUGGAAGGGGACCGAGUGUGACGUGCCCAGCAACCAGUGCAUAGACAUCCACUGUGGGGGACACGGCAUCUGUAUCAUGGGCAUCUGUGCCUGCAACACCGGAUACAAGGGAGACAACUGUGAAGAAGUGGACUGCCUGGACCCUGGCUGUUCGGCCCAUGGUGUGUGUAUCCAUGGGGAGUGCCACUGUAGCCCGGGCUGGGGGGGCACCAACUGUGAGACCCUCAAGACCAUGUGCCCCGACCAGUGCUCCGGCCACGGCACCUACCAAAGCGAAAGCGGCACCUGCACCUGCGACACCAACUGGACCGGCCCCGACUGCUCUGUCGAGGUGUGUGUGGUGGACUGCGGCUCCCACGGCGUGUGUUUCGGGGGCAGCUGUCGUUGCGAGGAGGGCUGGACGGGUACGGUCUGUGACCAGAAGGCCUGCCACCCCAUGUGCACUAAGAACGGAGUCUGCAAGGAGGGCAAGUGUGAGUGCAACCAGGGCUGGACCGGAGAGCACUGCAACAUCGAGGGCUGCCCAGGCCUGUGUAACAACAACGGUCGCUGUACCCUGGACCAGAACGGAUGGCACUGCGUCUGCCAGUCCGGGUGGCGUGGGGCAGGAUGCGACGUCGCCAUGGAGACCCUCUGCACCGACGGCAAAGAUAACGAAGGAGACGGCCUGGUUGACUGUAUGGACCCAGACUGUUGCCUCCAGACAUCCUGUCAGACCCAGCCGUACUGCCGCGGCUCCCCGGACCCCUCUGACAUCAUCAGUCAGAGCCCGUCCAGCCUGAUGCCCCAGCAUGCCGCACGCUCCUUCUACCAACGCAUCCGCUUCCUGGUUGGACCAGAGGGCAGCCACGUCAUCACCGGGGACAACCCCUUCAACAAGAGCCUGGUGUCCAUCAUCAGAGGUCAAGUCCUGACGGCAGACGGAACCCCCCUCAUAGGAGUCAAUGUUACCUUCGUCCACUACCCCGACCACGGAUACACCGUCACGCGCAAGGACGGCAUGUUUGACCUGUUGACCAACGGUGGGGCCAGUCUGACCCUGAGUUUCGAGCGGGCUCCGUUCCUGAUACAGUACCGCACCGUGUGGAUCCCCUGGAACGUCUUCUAUGUCAUGGACACCCUGGUCAUGAAGAAGGAGGAGAAUGACAUCCCCAGCUGUGACCUGAGUGGUUUCAUCAGGCCCAGUCCUGUCAUCGUGGCCUCUCCCCUCUCGACCUGCUUCAGGUCCUCACCAGAGGAUGGGCCCAUCAUACCUGAGACACAGGUCCUCCAGGAGGAGACGUCCAUCCCGGGCAGCGACCUCAACCUGCUGUACCUGGGCAGCAGGGCGGCCGGCUACAAGCCUGUCCUCAAGGUCACCAUGACCCAGGCCAGUGUGCCCUUCAACCUCAUGAAGGUGCACCUGAUGGUGGCGGUGGUGGGGCGUCUGUUCCAGAAGUGGUUCCCUGCCCAGCCCAACCUCUCCUACACCUUCAUCUGGGACAAGACAGACGCUUACAACCAGAAGGUCUACGGCUUGUCAGAGGCAGUCGUGUCCGUGGGUUUUGAGUACGAGUCGUGUCUGGACCUGAUCCUGUGGGAGAAGAGGACAGCCACACUGCAGGGCUAUGAGCUGGACGCGUCCAACAUGGGAGGCUGGACGCUGGACAAACACCAUAUACUGGAUAUCCAGAACGGCAUCCUGUACAAGGGCAAUGGUGAGAACGUGUUCAUCUCCCAGCAGCCCCCAGUGAUCAGCAGCAUCAUGGGUAACGGCCGGCGCCGCAGCAUCUCGUGCCCCAGCUGUAACGGCCAGGCGGAGGGCAACAAGCUGCUGGCCCCCGUGGCGCUGGCCUGUGGCGCCGACGGGAGCCUCUUCGUCGGGGACUUCAACUACAUCAGACGCAUCUUCCCCUCUGGGAACGUCACUAGUGUCAUGGAGCUCAGCAACAACCCGGCCCACCGGUACUACCUGGCGACGGACCCGGUUACGGGGCAGCUGUACGUGUCAGACACCAACUCCCGCCGUAUCUACCGUCCCAAAGUCCUGACAGGCACCAAGGAGCUGCUCCAGAACGGAGAGGUGGUGGCUGGUACCGGGGAGCAGUGUCCCCCCUUCGACGAGGCACGCUGCGGGGACGGGGGCAAGGCCACAGAGGCUCUCCUCAUGGGGCCCAAAGGUAUUACGGUAGAUAAGAACGGGUACAUCUACUUUGUAGACGGGACCAUGAUCAGGAAGGUGGAUCGUAAUGGGAUCAUCUCCACCCUGUUGGGCUCCAACGACCUCACCUCAGCACGACCCCUGACCUGUGACACCAGCAUGCACAUCAGACAGGUUCGUCUGGAGUGGCCCACAGCUCUGGCCAUCAACCCCAUGGAUAAUUCCAUCUAUGUCCUGGACAACAACGUGGUGCUGCAGAUCACUGAGAACAGACAGGUGCGCAUCGUGGCGGGACGCCCCAUGCACUGCCAGGUGCCGGGUAUAGAAUACACGCUGGGCAAGCGGGCGGUGCAGACCAUGCUGGAGGGAGCUGCCGCCAUCGCCCUCUCCUACAGUGGCGUCCUCUACAUCGCCGAGACCGAUGAGAAGAAGAUACACCGCAUCCGCCAGGUGUCCACGGGCGGGGAUAUCACGCCCUUGGCCGGAGCUCUGUCUGACUGCGACUGCAAGAACGACGCCAACUGCGACUGCUACCAGACGGGCGACGGCUACGCCAAAGAUGCCCGCCUCAACUCGCCCUCCUCGCUGGUCGUCUCACCCGACGGUACGCUCUACGUGGCCGACCUGGGAAACAUCCGCAUCCGCGCCGUCCGCCGCAACCAACCGCCGUCGGGCUCCGCCGUAUCCGGCCCGGGCUCCUUCGAGGUGGCCUCGCCGUCGUCCCAGGAGCUCUACGUGUUUGAUUCCAACGGAACCCACCAGUUCACCAUGUCUCUCGUCACCGGGGACUACAAGUACAACUUCAGCUAUAGCAACGAGGAGGACAUUACAGCCGUGACGGAUAGUAGUGGCAACACCUUGAGGAUCCGUCGCGACCCCAACCGGAUGCCGGUGCGGAUCGUUGCCCCGGACAACCAGGUGAUCUGGCUGACAAUCGGGACCAAUGGCGGGUUGAAGACACUGACGGCCCAGGGACAGGAGCUGGUGCUGUUCACCUACCACGGCAACAGUGGGCUGCUCGCCACCAAGACCAUACAGAUAGGAUGGACCACCUUCUAUGAUUAUGACAGUGAGGGUCGUCUAACCAACGUGACGUUCCCUACGGGGGUGGUGACCAACCUGCACGGGGACAUGACCGGGGCCAUCACGGUGGACAUUGAGACGUCCGGCCGUGACGAGGACGUCAGCAUCACCACCAACCUCUCCUCCAUUGACUCCUUCUACACACUGGUCCAGGACCAACUAAGGAACAGCUACCAGGUGGGCUAUGACCACUCUCUGAGGGUGAUCUAUGCCAACGGGAUGGACACACACUACCAGACGGAGCCCCACAUCCUGGCGGGCGCCGCCAACCCCACGGUGGCACGGAGGAACAUGACGCUGCCCGGGGAGAAUGGGCAGAACCUGGUGGAGUGGCGCUUCCGCAAAGAGCAGACCCGGGGGAAAGUCAUCGUGUUCGGGAGGAAGCUCAGGGUGAACGGCAGAAACCUUCUCUCGGUGGAUUACGACCGAACUCUCCGGACAGAAAAGAUCUACGACGACCACAGGAAGUUCCUGCUGAAGAUCGUGUAUGACACCCAGGGCCACCCUACUCUGUGGGUCCCCAGCAGUAAGCUGCUGUCAGUCAACCUUACCUACUCCAGCACGGGGCAGGUGACCAGCCUACAGAGGGGUCCCACCACAGAGAGGGUGGAGUACGAUGGUCAAGGGAGGAUUGUGUCUCGAGUGUUUGCCGAUGGAAAGACCUGGAGUUAUACAUACCUGGACAAGUCCAUGGUGCUCCUGCUCCACAGCCAGCGCCAGUACAUCUUUGACUACGACCCGUUGGACCGCCUGUCUGCUGUCACCAUGCCUUCGGUGGCCCGUCACACCAUGCAGACCAUCCGCUCCCUGGGCUACUAUCGCAACAUUUACAACCCCCCGGAGAGCAACGCCUCGGUCACCGUCGACUACAGCGAAGACGGACAGCUCCUCAGGGUGGCCCACCUAGGGACAGGUCGUAGAAUUCUCUACAAGUACCGACGACAGAACAAAAUGGCGGAGAUCUUGUAUGAUUCUACGAGGGUUAGCUUCACCUACGACGAGACAGCCGGUGUGCUGAAGACGGUGAACCUCCAGAGCGAAGGGUUCAUCUGUUCCAUCCGGUACCGGCAGAUUGGACCGUUGGUGGACCGGCAGAUCUUCCGGUUCAGUGAGGACGGCAUGGUGAAUGCACGGUUUGAUUAUACCUACGACAACAGCUUCCGGGUCACCAGCAUGCAGGCUGUCAUCAACGAGACGCCGCUGCCCAUCGACCUCUACCAGUUUGACGACAUCUCCGGGAAGGUGGAACAAUUCGGAAAGUUCGGCGUGAUCUACUACGACAUCAACCAGAUCAUCUCCACGGCCGUCAUGACCUACACCAAGCACUUCGACGUCCACGGGCGGAUCAAGGAGAUCCAGUACGAGAUCUUCAGAUCUCUCAUGUACUGGAUCACCAUCCAGUAUGACAACAUGGGCCGGGUGACCAAACGCGAGAUCAAGAUCGGACCGUUCGCCAACACGACCAAGUAUGGUUACGAGUACGACGUGGACGGUCAGCUCCAGACGGUCUACCUCAACGAGAAGAUGAUGUGGCGCUACAACUACGACCUGAACGGCAACCUCCACCUGCUCAACCCGGGUAACAGCGCCCGGCUCACCCCGCUACGCUACGACCUCCGAGACCGCAUCACGCGGCUCGGGGACGUUCAGUACCGGUUGGACGAUGACGGGUUCCUGAGACAGAGAGGAGCUGAGAUCUUUGAGUACAACUCCAAGGGCCUUCUGGAACGCGUCUACAGCAAAGGCAACAGUUGGACCAUCCAGUACCGCUACGACGGGUUGGGCCGCCGUGUGGCCUCCAGAACCAGCCUGGGCCAGCACCUGCAGUUCUUCUAUGCAGAUCUGAACUACCCGACCAGGAUCACUCACGUCUACAACCACAGCAGCUCAGAGAUCACGUCUCUCUACUACGACCUGCAGGGACACCUCUUCGCCAUGGAGAUCAGCAGCGGAGAGGAGUUCUAUAUCGCCUGUGACAACACCGGAACCCCUCUAGCAGUGUUCAGUAGUAAUGGGCUUCUUCUGAAGCAGGUGCAGUACACGGCCUACGGCGAGGUCUACUUUGACUCCAACCCCGACUUUGUCCUGGUGAUCGGCUUCCACGGGGGUCUCUACGACCCCCUGACCCGCCUGCUGCAUUUCGGCGACCGGGACUAUGACAUCCCGGCGGGGCGCUGGACCACCCCAGACAUCGGGACAUGGACGAGAGUCGGGAAAGACCCGGCGCCGUUCAACCUGUACAUGUUCCGGAACAACAACCCUGUCAGCAAAGUUCACGAGGUCAAGGAGUACGUCACAGAUGUCAAUAUCUGGCUGGUGACGUUUGGGUUCCACCUUCACAACGCCAUCCCCGGGUUCCCCAUCCCCAAGUUCGACCUCACACAGCCAUCCCUGGAGAUGAAGAAGAGCCAGCUCUGGGACGACCUGCCGUCCAUCUCGGGGGUGCAACAGGAAGUGACCCGGCAAGCCAAGGCUUUCCUGUCCUUCGAGAGGAUGCCGGAGAUCCAGCUGAGCCGCCGGCGCUCCAACCGGGAGAAACCCUGGCUGUGGUUCGCCACCGCCAAGUCGCUGAUCGGUAAGGGCGUCAUGUUGGCGGUGACGCAGGGCCGUGUGGUCACCAACGCUCUGAACAUCGCCAACGAGGACUGCAUUAAGGUCGCCGCCGUCCUCAACAAUGCGUUCUACCUGGAGGACCUGCACUUCACGGUGGAGGGACGCGACACGCACUACUUCAUCAAGACCAGCCUCCCGGAGAGCGACCUGGGAGCGCUGAGGCUGACAAGCGGGAGGAAGUCGCUGGAGAACGGAGUCAACGUGACCGUGUCCCAGUCCACCACCGUGGUGAACGGCAGAACUCGGCGCUUCGCCGACGUGGAGCUGCAGUACGGUGCUCUAGCGCUCCACGUGCGCUACGGCAUGACUCUGGACGAGGAGAAGGCGCGUGUGCUGGAGCAGGCCAGGCAGAAGGCGUUGUCGAGUGCUUGGUCCAGGGAGCAACAACGGGUGAGGGAGGGGGAGGAGGGGGUGAGGCUGUGGACGGAGGGGGAGAAGAGGCAGCUGCUGAGCGGAGGGAAGGUGCUGGGCUACGACGGGUACUACGUCCUCUCCAUAGAGCAGUACCCCGAGCUAGCAGACUCCGCUAACAACAUCCAGUUCCUCAGGCAGAGUGAAAUAGGGAAGAGGUAACAGACAGAAUCCUCGGCACUGGCCGCCAAAGAGACUACCCCCUCCAAAUCCUGCCCCCCAACCUCCCUCGCCUCCCCCUUUUCUCUAAAAAGGGGGAGGGUACAGGCUAGGGCUGUGUUUAGCGCCGACUAGCUGAAACAAACAGUAAAAUGUAGAAAUAUCUCAAACUGAACUAUACCUAAUACUACCACUGUGGGGCCUGAAAAUCAAACAAAACGGCUCCAACUGACGGAAAUGUUUGUCCCAUGUGCUAUACAGCGUUGAAUGGACUGUGGACUCUCUUGAAGAGAGAAAAAAAAGUCAAAACUCUCGGUUUGUGAAAGGAGAAAAAAAAGUUGUUUUUUUUUAAAUAGACUUCCUGAAUUUGCUUUCGGAAAAAAUAUUUUAAAAAGAAAGAAGAAAUGUGUUUACAUACGCAUAACACUACAACACGUCUGGACUAAUAGAAAAAAAGCCUUCUGGUUUCUUACAAAGGACAACGUCUAUAAUCUGAUUCUACAUCCUGACGACUGACCUUUGACCUUUGCGUACUGAAAAAGGUAGUGUUGUUGUUUGCAGUAGGACCAUGGGUCUCCAAUGGUGGUAACUAGACAGUUAAAACCACUUGUUGAAACCACUUGCUUGUUCUUCUGCUUUUCUUUCCAAAAGGGACAAAACCGCUCCCACCAAGUGACAUCUUUACCAAUACUAGAUCAAAGUGGGAAUCGUUUUGGGAAUAGGGAGGUUGUGUGCGUGUCUGUCUGUCUGUCUGUCUGUCUGUCUGUCUGUCUGUCUGUCUGUCUGUCUGUCUGUCUGUCUGUGUGUGUGUGUGUGUGUGUAUACAAUGGAGACAAUUUUUGUGUGUAUGUAUGGAGGAAGUUAAUCAAUUAAAUGAAAUGAAAGAAUCAUAUCCAACCAAUCUUUUGAAAAACAACGUGAGACAGUAUCUUUAUGGAUUUUUUUAUUAAGAUGAAAAAUUCCAAACUUAUCCGUACAUCAAUAUUAGCCUCUUAGAGAAAGUAAUUUAUGUACAGUGUUUAUACAUAAAAAAUAAAAUUGUAAAAAAUAUGAAGUUUUUUUUUCCUUCGUCAUGCGUUACUGUUUAUACUCUUCAUUAAGUUUUCAAUAUUUUAUCCUACUAUAAUUCAUGGUAAUGCUUAUUGAAAUAACAUUUUUUUUUAAAUCAACCCUACUGUAUUAUUGAUUUCUGCAUUGAGAAUAUUCGGGUUUGGGUUUUACAUUUUCUUGCCUUCAUUGAUCAGAUUUCCUGAUAUCUGAGACGAACAACGUUUUGUUUUGGCACUUAUAUUUUGUAUUCGAAAAGUGUCAGUUGAAUGGUCGAUGUCAGUCAGACAACCAUAUGUCUUAGGAAAUACUAGACUACUACUAUCAAGGGCAGCAGAAUAGUUUGGCUGUACGGUACGGUAGUAUAUCCUACCUUGUGGAAAUAGCCUUUCAACCUUAAGUCCUUUUGAGUAGGACACAAGGAAGGGCCACUUGCCCUUCUCAGCAAGAGGGUUUGAAAACAAAACACCUUGGUUGUCUUACCUAAAUAUAAUUUCUGCCUUUCCUAUAACAAAUCCAGGCUGUUUCUUAGAUCUCUGCUCAGCUCAAACUUGAAGGCUUCUCAUAAUCACUAUUAAGGAUGGAAAAUUCCAAAAACGUUCCCAAAAUUCCCAGGUUUUCCAGAAAUUCCUAUUGGAAGAUUCAUCCAAUUGAGAAUGAUGAAAAACCUGGUAAUUUUGGGAUUGUUUCCAGAAUUUUCCAGUCCUAACCACUAUAGCUCUUUGCUCUUUCUCUACCUACGUUAGGAAGAGCUGAACUCAUGUUCCUUGUACCAGCACAGAGAGCACAGAUAGGGCUGCAGCAGUGAGAACUGAACGGAACCAAAUACGAGCCUCUUGACUUGAACAGAGACAACACCACCAUAAUCCAAGGGACCAUUUAACAUGCUCGUAAAUGUAUUCCUCCAACUUCACUUUUUAUGCUAAACAUGGCUUGAAAGCAAGAUAUUACAAACACAAUCACAUCAAACGGUUCAUUAGAUAGAGCAAAGGGGCAGAGUCUAGCUCGAGUUCCGGAGGGGAAAAGAGAGAGCGAAUAAACCUGGGAAAAGCCUAGAAACGGCUCUACGUGCACUCUGGGUAAUUUUUCCGACAUAGCCUAAAUGGCUAGUGAGUGUAGUGUAAAGGAGUUGCCAGGGCGAUGAAGAUGACAUCAGCACUAUGAGCUAACUCUCCCUACUCCCUUCUCAUCUCUCUGCCUGAGGGGGAUAGCACACAUAUUCACCCACAGAAAGAGAAAGAAAAGAUUUUUUAACACCAAACUAUGACCAUUUCAAAGAUUUUUGUUGUUGUGAUGAUCUGAACCACACUUGAGGAAACUUAGCCAGUCACACAAACUCUACAUCCCCAGGAGCCAUACCUAAACGCAGAUUAGCGUUUUUCGUCAUGAAUGUUGUUCUGGAGGCAGCUCUGCAGAGUGGUCACUAGUUGGCUCAGCCAUGAAGUCAUAACAUUAACACUAACCUUAACCAUACUUCUAACCCUAAUGCCUAAUCCUAUCCUUGAAUUAAGACCAAAAAGCUAAUUUUAGUUUUCGUGGAUUUUUCCAAUAUAGCCAACUUUGACUUUCCAACUGGCCCUAAGGGGAAAGCACUCUGUUGUGCCUCUAGGACAAGACUCGUGAAAAUAAGCGUCAACCUGCCACCCAAACAGAAGAUUACAACACCCUUUCUCAAAUUUUUUCCAUGUUGCUUUUUCAGUCAAUGUCACCGCCUCAUACAGUAGUUCAAAUCUGUUUCUUUUGUAAACAGAUUGUAAAACAAAAAACAACAAAUGAGAAAGUACUGUUUUUUGCUUUGUGAUUUUUUCAAUAUAUAUAUAUAUAUAUCAAUCAUUGAAUUGUAUUGCCGAGCUUAUUUUUCUAUUCAUGUGUGUGACAAGUUGGACAGAAGGUGGAAGGACUUAUACUCCCAGGUUGUUUGCGUGUUGGUUUUACUACGUUGUUGUCAGAUUUUCUCUGGUGUUAUUGGUUGGUCUUGGUCUGUACCAUGUGCCAUUUAUUCUGCAGGGGGAAUCCUAGUUGAUCCUACCCCUGCUGUAUCACAUUGCUACUAUGAUGCCCCCCUCUCCCCCAUCGUCAGCCGAAAGUGCAGUAGCCCAGCCACAUACAGUGGCUUAAGAUCAGGACUCAACAUACUGAGUUUUCCUUUUGACUUUGCUGAUCUCUCAAAAUAACACUUCCCCCAAAUUAGACAAACAUACACUUUCAGUGCUGUUCUGUUUUACUCAGCCGAAUGUUGCAGUCUAACAAUGUGUUAGACACCUCCUAUUGGAGCGGACACACAAGUGCUAGAAGGAGGGGAGAAUAUGGUGUUUCGGGGUUGAAAAAGGGGUCAUCCCACAAACAUGCAGGAAGCAGUGUGUUCUGGGUAUUGUUUGCAUGCUUACAAAGUAAAAUGCCUAUCCAUCCGUCAGUCAUUGUUUCCCAUCCAUGUUAGAACAGACAUUUACAUAUCUACAUGGUUAAAUGCUUCUGUAUUAUAUUGCACUACAUUGUAACAGCGUUAUUGCUUAAUGCUUAGUCCAUACAAUAACCUUAAAGUGCUGAUUGAUGCCAGGCCAUAGACCUUUAUGUCUGUCCUCUAGGUAGAAUCUUCCCCUUAGGCACAGAUCUAGGAUCAGCCUCCAACUCCAAUCCUACUUAACCAUUAGGGGGUAAAACACAAAACUGGCCUUAGAUCAGUGUCUCUAAAAGCAUCAUACCUACCUUCCGCUUUGUCUGAAGACGGUGAUUAGGUAGAGGAAUUUCCUUUCUCAAAGAACUUCCUGACUUUAGAAGGAGAGGCUCAUGGGAUUGGGACCACUGCUGACCGAAACGCUGAGUCGUGCGCCAGCGUCGUGCACCAGCAUCGUCAUGAAUAUUAUAUUGCCGCCAUUUUGUUUUUAGAAGUGAUGAAGAAGGAGAAUGAUGUCUAUAGUGAUGUCACCACUAGCACCACCACAGCCACCUCUCACCCUAUCACAAGAAACACACGUCUGUUUAGUGAUGUCACACAGUUUACAGAGCUGAAGGGACAGCAAACACUGCAACGUUGAGACAACGUUGUGUGGUGGUUGUGUGUUAGUUGGGAAUUUGAGCAAAGAAAAUGUAUUUUUUUUUUUUUUAAGACCCUGUUGUUCAGAGUCACAGGUUAGUUGAUGGUUUGGGGUUUGGAGAUUGAGGGAAUUUGAUAAAGAUUUUUGUAUUUUGUCAUUUAUUUUCUUUCUCUGAAAAUGAAACCGACGGGCGAAAAGUGAUCUUAAUUGUAACGUGUCAGUCAGUCCUCUCUUUGUAAAGAAGUUACAACAUAUCUUUUUAAUUUAUUUAGAGAUUUGUUUAUUUUUUUCUUGUUUUUUUUCUUCAAUCAGCAUCCUCCACGAAAGUUUCAUCAUAAUGAUAUUGUUUUUAUAUAAACAAACAUUGCUGUUUUAGAGUGCAAUUAAAGUGCAAUUUUAAUGUAAGCUCCGAAAGGUCAUUUCCGGGGAUGCAAUCCCUUUUAUCUCCCAGAUGUUAAAGAUCCAACAGAGAUCAAUCAUGAUAACAAUAAACAUGUCAUACUGUAAAGGUUUCUGAAGCUCGG